AAAACAUUCAGUUGCCCUAAUUAAAUAUGGCGAAGUAUGCACUUCCGGUUUGUUGCCGACUUCCGGAUUGUGAAGGGCAGUAGACAUGCCUGUCUAGCCUCCUGCGCCGGAGAUUGGAGCCGAUCUAUAUAGUGUAUACUCCAGAUGUCCUAGGCUGGUGUGAGUUCUAUAUCACCCACACCGGUUACUUGCCCCAGACUCUAAGCAAAAAAUGUUCCUGACAAAUUUCCUCCUAAGAAAGGGCAUCCCUGGCCGCCAGUGGAUAGGGAAAUACAGGAGACCCCGAGAGGUGACGUGGAACAUGAAACAGUCCAUGAUUAAGAGACUUGAGAUAGAGGCCGAGACGGAGUACUGGAUUAGUCGGCCCUAUAUGACCAAGGAGCAGGAGUUCCGUCACGCGGCCGAGCGUAAACACAAACAGUACCUAGAGCUGAAGGCCAAACAGGAGGCAAACUUCCCUGAUCACAAAUACCUGCAGGAUCACCUGGAUCACCUGAACGUCACCAAGAAAUGGACUAUGUCUUAAUCUCUAAUGGGAAGUUCUGACCAAACCUAUUAAAUGUAUCUCCUCAGA